UUAGACACAAAAAAUUAAAGGACCGCGAUAUUCCAACAACGUAUUUUUAACACUAUUUUGACAACGCCACGUGUCGGCACCUGAUUGGUUUGUUUGAAAAAUAAUUUUUUUUUAAAACCUAUAACCGUAACCCUUAUUUUGAGUGAAAAUCCUAAAAUAGCCCUUUCUCUGUUCCAUUGGAAACGAAGGUCCGUUCUCUUGAGAGGUCGAAGGUCGCGUUUCGUGCCGCUGCACUUUGUUCCAUUUGCGUGGUGUUGUCUCCGUCCAGUUUCGUAUCCUGUGAUCGUGCGGAAUGGCAAGUUCCGGUGAGGAUUGUCCGACGACGAAGUUGAGUGUUCGUCACUCUUUUUCGACAAAGUAUAUAUGUACUUUGAACGAACGAUUGACAGACGAGCAUCGGUCAUUGAUUGCGAGGACUCCAUUUGCGUGGUUUUUAGAUGUCAAUGUGAAUGUUAAAGUAGGUAGAAAUCUAUUGAGUGAGUUAUUGGGUAAGUGGGACGACUGUAGUAGUGGUUUUUUAGUUGGGAAUAAAGUUUUGAAUAUAAAUGAAAAUGAUAUUUAUUUAGGGUUGGGAUUGAGUACAGAUGGUGCAAAUAUUAACUUAAAGGAAGAGCUGGGCAAUACUGAAUGUGUGAAGUACAUAGGCAAAGGAACAAAGGAAUUGAAUUCGAUAUACAAAAUUCUAAUGCGAAAACAGAAGAAAAAGAUACCUUGUUCUCAUUUUUGUAGCCUUUACCUCCUUGUAGGGAUAAGUGAGAUUUUAUUUCCAAAACGUAGCGGGAAAGUGUUUCCCGUAAUGUUUAAUCUUGUUGACAACUUAGGUGGUUUGGGUAGUUAUUGUUGGGGUAGUGUAGUUUAUCGUUUUCUGUUACGUAGUUUGUGCAAAGCUUCAGAAGGCUUGAAGAAAGGCAAAGGUAUUUCAAACGUUUACGUUGAUGGUUGUGUUUACAUGCUGCAGGUAUGGUUUUUUGAGCUCUUUGUUCCACCAAAAGGUCCUAUUGAGUUUCCACGAAUAUUGCAUUGGAUGAAUAUAAGUGUUGGAGACAAGUUUGUAAAACGGUGUAUGGAGACAGGUUUGUUUGUUGACGAUGUUUAUGGUGGUCCUUCAACGAAGGAUAAGGAGGAAUACAGACCAACACCUAAAAGAAAGGAUGCUAAACCAAGAGGAAAGAAGAAACAAAAAAGAAUUCGAAGAUAAACUUUUAUGCGUGCGUUAGAGGAACAAGAAUUUCUAAUUGAAGAACUUAAAAGGAGGGUUGCAACUUUGGAGGCACAAUUGGCUGAAGAGAAGGCAAGAAGGCAAAAUAAAGAUGAUGUUGGACAAAGUGUGCCUCGUACAGAACCAUCCGUGGACACUGGUUUUGUUUCCCCUACUGACAUUGACGGAAAUGAACAACUUUUGAAGACGUAUGUUAGGGUUGGAUCACGAAGGCGUUACAAGGGAAGAGCACUUAGGACUCCAUACACCGGAACCGUAGUGCUUAGAAUAAAAAAUGAGUGAUAUGUGUAUUUAGUUGAUGGAAAAUGUUAUUUGGAAAGUAAUGAUAAUUGUAAGCAUUGUAAAUAGAUUAAGAAAACAAUGUUUAAUGUAUCCGAUUUAGUUCAAUGAAAUAAAAUUUGAGUUU